AACCACUCACCCAACGCAAGACCACCAUGUGAAUAUUACCAAGUCUCUUGGAGGAUGAGGCUCCGAAAUCAUUGUUGAAUCCCUCCGGAAACUCCCACCAUGGGUAAAUCGAAGCCCCCCAAGAAGGACUCCCAGGUGCCACAAAAACACCUUCACUCCAGAUUAUCCUACCUCCAUCAGGCCGCAACAUAUUUAGCAACAGUCGGCAGCCAUAAUGGACAGCAGAAAGCCACCAAGUCUGCGGAAUGCACAUGGUCUGUGGCGGAUAGGGAUUUGACCAAUCAAGGCUCCGUCGAGGCCACCCGACUACUGAUGCACCUCCGAGGAGUCUCUCGAAAGUCCCAGAUCCGGAUUGCUCCAAGAGUGAAGCAUUCUAUCUGCAAGUGCUGCGAUGUACUCUUGAUUCCAGGGGAAACGAUGACAGAGAAGCUUGCGAACCCGAGCAAAGGGGGCAGGAAAUCAUGGGCAGACGUGUACGAGAUUCAUUGCGACAAAUGCGGGACUAUCAAACGGUUUCCUUGUCGAAGGAAGUCAAACCAGACCGGGCGGGAAGAGGCGAAACCUGUUGCAGAGGCCUAGGUCAAAAUAAACAUUUGCAUUGAUUCCAAUCAUCCAGCUUUCCGUCGCCUCAAAUUCCAAGUUGCCCAUGC